UCCCCCUAGACAGUAAUGAAAUAGCCCAUUCCAGCGGUAUUUACAAAUUUACGAAAUAGUGAACGUGAGCAUAAUUUUCGAAAAUAACAUUCCUCAAGUUACUUUUAAUCUAGUAAUAGUAUGUGGCAACAAUGGUUUCCUCGGACAUCAAAGGCAUACUAAGAAAGGUCUUGUGUGUCUUGAAACGCGAAGAACUCGGAGAAGUCGUUAAGAAAUGGGGGGUCUUCGGCGAGGAAAGCAUCCGAGAAGUUACCCAUCUGGCCAACUCUGUCGGGCGGACUGUGCCCCGUAAAUCCAUCACUGAGAAGAUCGUACAGGAGUGCGUGAAACAAAAGAUCAGCAACAAGCAAAUUUCAGAGCUUGAUCUCUUAUGUAGCAUCAGGCAUCCAGAGAAGAAGAAAUGGUGUGUGUAUGAACUCAAGGGACUUAGUGAAGAUCAUAGCAAGAAGGCUUUUGACCCUCAAGUGUAUUUUGACAAAUUUACAAAGCACAUUUCUGUCUACUUUAAGCAUGAUCUAUGCAUGGACAAGCGUGGGGAGGCCAUUUGGCUUCGCAUCGGAAUCUACGAUAGCGGAAAAGAUAGUGCAUACUUUUUCAGCAGCAACACCAUUUAUGUGGUCUACUAUCCUCACUCCCGUCAUCUUAUUGUGUCCGUCAGGAAGAAGGGACUCAUGCAGUUUGUGAUGCAGGCUUUGAUUUUAUCACUUGGCUGCACCAGUUGUAAAGAAACCAAGCUGACCGGAUACCAUCUAGAUUCCCUGGCUGACCUCACUCUCAACCCUGCCUCUCAGGGAUGGUUCUCAAAGUUUAGACACAACCAAGUCGAUACCAACCCUUUGGUCAAGACACAGACAAGGAAGAGAAGAGGAGAUUCUCUUGAUUUGGAAGACAAAUCCCUCAUCUCAGAGAAUGUGGAGGAUGAAGAAAAGUGCCAGAAAGACCUGGACAGCUCGUUUGGAACAAACAAGCAGCCCAAAUUGGAAAGGAUUGUCUAUGAGAUGGAGAACAAAUUCAGAGGUACUCGUGCUGCUCCGAGGAUGGCAACCCGUCAGGAGCCGUUCCGCUGCGUCGUCAAGUUUGAAGGACCCAAUGUCCUGGAAGGCCUCAGACAGCUCCAUCCAUCAGGGAUCAGUUCUACCGCCCUACCAUACCUCUUUGAACAGGUCCUUUCCACGGGCAAGAACCACUUCCGCAUCUACGAUAAGUCUUCCAGAGACCGAACAGGGUCGUGAGUACUAGCCAGGGCCUCUAGACGUGGAGCGGUUUUACUCUCAUAUUGUUUGUCCUAGAUUUUUAAAGACACACCAUAUAGAUAUGAGCAGAUUAAUGACAUUACAAUAGAUAACAGUGAAACUUGCUUUGAGACCCACUUCCGCACCUACAUGUACGAUAAGU